AGUUUUAUUUCAUUUUAAACAUUUAUGUCCGGAAAAUAUUCAAAAUAAUAAAGUGGAAAAUUUUAAUCAAAAUGUCCCGUUUUGAACUAGAGUUCCUAAUGGAUAAAACAUCCGAAAUUGUUGAAGGGACAAUUAAUAGUGUUCUCUCUACUGACGAUGAAGUUAAGGACGAAUCAGUAUUGACAUUUCGAAAAGCGUAUAUGGAUUGGAGUAUUUAUGGUGGUGCUGAAGAACCAGAUCUUGGUUUCCGUUAUAUUCCCGGUUCCACUGAAAACAUCAACAAAACUUCAUCUUAUGUAGAGGAACAGUUAAAAGAAAUUAGGGAAUAUCCAAUACAAUUAAUAAAGGACUUAUCUACACCUAAUCCACCACUCAAUAACUUUGAAACAAUCUGGUCAGAUACAAAAAGACUUGAUUCUAAUAGAGAAUUUCGUGCAAAAUUUUAUAGAGAUUAUAUACGUAACAAAUAUCCUGUUAAUGUUCAUUGGUAUGAUGAUGCUGAUCAGUAUGUUCGACCAAUAAUUCCAUACAAUCAGAAGAGACCAAUUUCAUUUGCUAAUUCCAAAACUGUGGAAUCUGUAUGUCGCUCAAGUGACUCAAAUACAAGUACCUCAGCAGCAGUAUUUGGAGUCAUGCCAUAUUUCGCAAAAGCAUCACGCAGUGACACCUCAACUAGUGAUGAAAAUCCAUGUAAUGUUCCAUCUGAAGUACCAUCAGAUGAAAUGUUCUUAACUGUGGAACAGCCCUGUAUUGGAUAACAAAAUUGAUGACUCAACAAAUGGCACUAAAUCAAAACAUAUCAAAUUCAUUUACAAUAAAAUUAAAUUUCGCGUGAAGUACGUAUUUCCCAAUUUUAGAAGCAGUUAAUAUUGAACAGAAAUUUUUUUUAAAAUAUAUAAAUUAAAUUUUUUUUCUGUAAUUUAAAUAUCUUUCAACGUUAAAUACAUUACUUUUGGAAUAUCA